AUGUCACCAUCACCGCAAACCCCACUGCAUUCACGCCACACAUCGGUAGCAGACUCCUUCUCCAUGUCGCCCUCGAUGGACCGGCGACAGUCCCGGUCUUCCUUCAACGAUGCACCCUUGACUCCACACCGCAACAACAGUUUUGGCACCGCCGACAACACGAUGGACUUGAGCGGAUUCGGCAGCGGCGGUCACAACAUGGCGGGCGGCGGCUCCGGACUUGGCAAUCUGGCCGACGAGCUGGCCGGUGCCUUUUCGGACGAAGACGAGGAUGACGACCCAUACUACGAAGAAGGCGACAACUCGGCCAUUGGUAUCGCGGUCACUACCGACGAUGCUAUGCAUACAACUCGAGACAGCGGAGUCGACAUAGCCAGCGCCGCCGGCCGGGGAGGAGGAAAGAAGAUGAGCGGUGACGGUCUCGGUCUGCCAACGCCAAGGGGCCAUCGGAGGAAAGCGAGCGAUUAUGAUGGAAGCGAAUAUGGGUCGGACUCUGAUCUGGACACGACAGAUAUGCCACCGAGUCUUGUCGCCAAAAUUGAUGCGGUAGAGUCUCUAGCAAGGAGGGGAACGGAGAGCAACGGAGGCCCCACGGAUGGCGUCUUUCAGAGAGUAACGAAUCUGCUCCGCGACCUGGGUCCCCAGGCUGGGGUAGAGGCUCUAUCCACGCACCUGCACCACCAAUCACGCCAAAUCCAGACCCUAAGCUAUGCUCUCUUCGCGCCGACAUCAAUACCCCCAGAUGUUGAGACGGUAGAGGAGCUUAUUCCCCUUCUCGACGCUCUGUCAGAAAUCAUACCACGACCUGCCACUGCGGCGCACGCCUCCCUGGCCUCGCUGCACGCCGUCACAGCAGAUGUGGUGCAGACGCUCAACUACCUGUCGGACACCCUGGCCAUGUCCCGGCAGACGACCAACGCGGCCACACGUCGGCUGCGCAGCGCCAAGGAGAUGGUAGCCGAGAUUCGCCGCGAGGACGAUGAGCGUGAGGAGGCGGAAAUUUGGCUUACCAGGCACAAGUGGGGCGAACGGCUAGCCAGGCGGGAGUGCGCUGCUGUCUGCAAGGACGUCGUCGGCGGCUUCGAGGACGUAUGCAAUUCAUGGCGGGCCAGGAUACUGGGGCAAGCCGAGGCUGGCCCGACGGCUGCCUGA